AUGGAAAGAAAACACUACGCGGGGAUUAAUCCAGGGCUGCAGCUUGUGGAGAAGGCCGGGCCGCUGGCCAAGACCGGGCAGGGAGCACGGGACGCGGCCUACCUGUCCCUGGCAGGUCCGUCCCCGCCCCCCCCCCCCAAGGGCGGCCAGCGUGGUCCGCAGACGGCCUUGAUCUGCAGAAGGAAGCCCUACAGCCCGCCGGCCCUACUUGCCCCGAGGGCACGAGGGUCCCACUCGCCGAGCCCAGCUGGCCCCUUCCGACCCAGUACCCAGCUCAUGCCUGACCUCAAACAGGCGCGCGAUGAAAAGUCGAAGCGGUGCGCAGCCGGGCAUCAGCCGUCUGUGCUGCCAUCUGGUGGCGGCGUCAGAGAGCUCCCGGCGGCCGGCUGGAAGCCCUGGGGAGAGGGGUCCUCCUCGGCAGGGGGGGGGUGGGCACGCGUCCCAGCCCCGCCCCCGCCCCGCCUGGGCCGCGGCUCGGUGCGUGCGUCCCCGGGCGUGCGAUCCCUGACUCGCCUCAGGGGCCGGGGCCUUCGCGGCUCCCACUGCCCAGGACACCCGCCCCCCAACCUGCCUCUGCUCCCGAGAGCAGGGCCAGAGCGUCCUGUGCCGCCCAGGGCCCCUGCCUGGCUAUUCCGGGGGGCGGGGAGGCCCGGUGCCCGGUGUGAGCGCCCCCGGAGCCCUGCAUGGGAGCGACAAACAAGGGUGGUCGAGCCCUGCUAG